GUUUUGCAAUUCAGUCGUCUUUGUAAUUGGAAACCCUAAACCCUAAAUUUAACCUGCAUCUUCUCCGAGUAGCAGUCGCAGCAUCCUGCAUUCAUUGCUUCGCCGCCAUGUCGAAGAGGAAGAAUAGGGAACCAAAGGAAGAAACCGUAACCCUAGGACCUGCUAUUCGUGAAGGCGAGCUUGUUUUUGGUGUUGCUCACAUCUUUGCUUCUUUCAAUGACACAUUCAUUCACGUCACUGAUUUGUCUGGACGAGAAACACUUGUCCGUAUCACUGGUGGAAUGAAAGUGAAGGCUGAUAGGGAUGAAUCUUCACCUUAUGCAGCUAUGCUUGCAGCUCAAGAUGUUUCUGUUCGAUGCAAGGAGCUUGGCAUUACUGCUCUACAUAUUAAACUGCGAGCCACUGGAGGAAAUAAGACCAAAACUCCAGGUCCUGGUGCACAAUCGGCUCUCAGAGCGCUUGCCCGAUCUGGCAUGAAGAUUGGUCGCAUAGAGGACGUGACUCCAAUUCCCACCGACAGCACUCGAAGAAAGGGAGGAAGACGAGGAAGGAGGCUCUGAUCGAAUUUGAUUCGAUAUAUCUGCAAUGCUGUUUUUCUUUAGCUUGUUUGUUGUUUCUUAUUUAACUUUUUAAAGAGUUUGGAGAUUAUUGGAUAUUUGAUCUUGUUGGAAGACUGUUUAUGUUACAAACAUGAAAUACUGAUUAUUUCUAUUUUUACAUACUACAUAUGUUAAUUUCA